AUGACCAUGGCUGAGGAUCUAGACCAGCUGAAAGACGAUGUCAGAGAGCUGAAGGAUCUGCUGGGCGAGACGAACCACAUCAGCCACGUAGUGCUGGCAUGCCAGCAUGACAUGAAGGUUUUCAGUGCCGCAAUGGGCGCUGUAAACAUAGCCUUGGAUGAGAUGCGCGCACGGGUUGAUACCACGCAUUCCAUCAUCACCAGCCGAGACCGCGUGGAGGCGUGUGUCUCGUGA